UUAAUAACAAGUCUACAAGUUACAACAUAAUAAUGUUGUUUAGUGACAAUUUUGAGGAUUUGAAUGACCAGCAACAAGUUUUGAGUGAAAACGUAUUUUUUAUGGAUUUGUCGUAAAGAGAUCAUUGCUAGUAUCUUUAAAGUCCCAUGAUGGAAACUGAUGGUAAAUCACAAGGCUUGCCAUCGCCUCCUGAAGCUCCUGCUGGCUUGCACUUUGCAAAUGUUAUUCCUGUUGACUUUGUGGCAGGAUAUGAAGCUUACCCUCCAGCUGAAAGUGAAAAAAGUGAACUUAGAACAAAAAUGAGAUCAACACGUUUGAAAUCAAGAAGGCACUCAAAGGUGCUAUGCUCAUGCCUUGGACUUAAGUACCUUGCAGAAAGAAGAUUUCGUGAAGCAGCCAACAAUAGAGAUAUCGAAAUGGUAGAACGACUAAUCAAUGAAGGAGUGACUAUUUCUUCUGCAGACUCCAAAAAACGAACUGCCCUUCAUUUUGCAUCUUCCAAGGGAGAAAUUGAGAUAGUUCGACUUCUUCUAAAUCAUGGUGCCGAUCCAAAUGCUCGUGAUAUCAAUGGUAACACCCCAUUGCAUCUUGCAGCAUGUGCAAGUCAUGUUAACAUUGUGACUAUUCUUGCUGAACAUGGUGCAAAUGUGAAUGCUCUUGAUGAAUGCAAACGCUCUCCACUCCAACUUGCACUUUCAAGACUGCGUAUAAUUGAGAAAGAUGAAGCUGCGCAUUCUACAACAAGAUCUUUUAAAACUGUCAUUAUGGAGGUGGUCAAACUACUACAGGUCUAUCUUUCCAAAGUAGGUCAUGUGAUGGAUGAAGAGGAAAAUCUAAAAGAUCUAUGCGACAGACUGGAAAAUACAACUUCACUUGAACAAGUUGAUGAAAUUCACGAGCUUCUAUCUAGUUUCACUUCACUCAGUUUAAAUAGACGUGGUAUCAAUACAAAACUGCCAAAAACCUGAUCUUGACCAGAAAUCUGUAUCGCAAUAUGCUUGUUUUGCAACAUAUGGGCAAAUGAAUAUACGUAGAAGAGCAUGCUUAUAAAAUAUACGUAGCUACGUACAUCUGUUCAUAAUACAAAUAGGGACUAGGUUAAAAAUACAAAAGUAGUUUAAUUUGCGUUGUUACGCUG